UCACCCACAAUGGCUAAACAGCAGGAUUUCCUAAUGAGGCUGUUUUCAAAGCACUCUGGUAACAAACGAGAGAAACUAACUAGUUGCUGAGUCGGGGAGUCCUGGGAAAGGAGGAAUGAAGGGUUUGCUGAGCAGAGGGCAAGUGCAAAGGAAUUCCUGCUUAAGAAAACAGCAUGAGCAAAGGCAAGAAUCACGCACGGAUUUCCGUGCAAGCAGAGUCUGUCGGCUGAAUUCAUGGCCUGCAGCUCACUGUCAGGGACACAGACUCUGGGAGAGCCACGGCGAGUUGGAGCCAGGGGCAGGGUCACUUCCACAGGAGUUCGACAACCGUUAGCUCUUUUCAGCUUGCUCAACAGCCGUUCAUCUUCAUUCCAAGCUAGCCCAUUGCCUAUUUCAAGCAAAGGCCUCUCUACGACUGGAACUCUGCCUCUCCCGUCCUGGAAGCUUGAUAAUCAAUGACUCUCCAGGAGAUGGAAGCCAGAGGCAGGUCCUAGGGAACCAGGCUACCCGUUUCCAGCUCUCUGCUUCUCCUCACCCCAACAGUAUGCUCAGUACCUGGCACCUUAUCCCCACUCAAGCCCAGCACCUGAGAGUAUGAACUAUGGCCUCUUUGUUCCCCAGUCAGAACUCCAAAUGUCCCAAGAGACUGACUGGAGGGUCUGAUGGCUGCGAGGCUGCUGGCCUCUCCGCUCCACUCAGUGAAUUUCAGCCUGCCCUUCACUUGCCUUACUCCCACGUCCCACACUAUCUGUCUCUUCCCCUGGACAGACCGUGUGGGUGAGGUCCUAGGAGGAAACGGGGACACGCCAAUCAGUUGUCCCUCAGUUUACCUGGGCUGGAAUGUCAGGUGUAAGUCAAUCCAGAGACUCAGGAAUAUCUUUACCUGCUAGGAACACUGCAGCCCUCUCCAUCUCAGGCUUUGAAGGCCUCUAGAAGGCUCCCAAAGGCUGCCUCCACUAGCCAAGCCAAUCUCACAAGAUCUCACAACAUGACUCUGUGAGUCAUACUGUCACAGGAUGUUUGAGCUGACAGUGACCCCUUCAUUUUACAGAUGCAGAUAGAAGUUGAGAUUAAAAAAAAAAAAAAAAAAAAAAAGGGAAAUCACAUGCCCAAAGUCACACAAGUAGCAGCUGGACCAAGACAGCUGCCUGGGCUUCCAUUUCCUUUACUGUAAAAUGAGGACAGUUAGCCUUCAUGAACUCUGAAGGUCCUUCCAGCUCCUGCACUAAACAAACCACCGCCACCAUCUGUGGCAUUUACAGCUGUGCCUUACAGAAUGCUCUUUAAUUUUCACAACAAAGCCAUGCUAUAGAGAGUUCAUUCUGGGACAUGUUCAUUUUAAUUAUUUUAUGGCAUUUAUUGGGAGUGUGUGCGUAUGUGGAGGUCAGAGGGCAGCUUUCAGGAGUUGGUUAGUUCUCUCUUUCCACCAUUAUAGAUUCCAGGAUCAAACUCAGGCCAUCCGGGUUAGCAGCAGAUACCUUUACUCAUUGAGUCAUUACGGUGGCCCUCUGGGGGCACAUCUGUAUGCUGUCUGUCCAAACGGAUUUGAUUAGUGACGCUCCUAUUUCUAGGGAACUGCAGACUGCCAUUUCACGGCUCAGCUCACUCUCUUGGAUUCUAAAAGGCUUCUCCUAAGGUGCCAGCACCCUGGGGAAGGAGAAGGUUUUGAGGUUGUGCCGUUGGCUGGGCCACAAGUUAAACUGAGGCUUCCCACAAAGUCAGCCAGUUAAGAUGUUAGGAACCUGGGACUGGGAGACAGCAAUCAGAUGUCCCUUGGCCACCACAUAGUUCCUGUAGCUACCACUCCAGGCUGGCCUGGGCCAGCUGUUUCAGGAAGGGGAGAGGAAUAGGGGUGGGGUCAGAACCCACAGAAAGAUGAUUGCAUAACCUUUAGGAACUGACCUUGGGCGAUCCACCCUUGGUUCUGAGGUUUGUGUGUCUGGUUCCUUUCUCUUCCUCCUCUUCUGCUUCCUCCCCAAUUUCUGGCUCUCGGCUUUCCUGUAAACACCAAGACUCUGGCUAUAUCCACAUCCCUGGAGAGGCCAAGGAACUGAGGAGCCGUGGGACACCCACCAGGAGAUUCUCAAAGAUGUCUGGGAGCCAGCAGAGUUCCUGUGCUGUUUGAUGGCAUUCCAGUUCUUCCUGUACCUCAGUUUCCGUUGCUAUGGAGACUUCCAAUGGGACUGAGACCUGGUACCAGAGCCUCCAUGCUGUGCUGAAGGCUCUGAAUGCCACCCUUCACAGUCACUUGCUCUGCCCGCCCGGGCCAGGGCCAGGACCUGGGCCAGACAACCAAACUGAAGAGCGUCGGGCUAGCCCUCCUGGCCGUGAUGACAACUCCUACAUGUAUAUUCUCUUUGUCAUGUUCCUAUUUGCUGUCACUGUGGGCAGUCUCAUCCUGGGGUACACCCGUUCCCGCAAAGUGGACAAACGCAGUGACCCCUAUCACGUGUACAUCAAGAACCGCGUGUCUAUGAUCUGAUGUGAGGUGCCUGAGGAUGAUGGAAGAUUACGAUGCCUGAGGAUUGUCUUCUUCGGCCUCUAGAAUUCAGCUCUGGACCCUACCAAGCCUCAGUGUCUCUAUCUAUAUAAGAGCAACAAGAAAUCGGUAAGAGAGCUCGUCACUGGGACCAGAGAGGAGGAGGGGCUGGUAGGCCUGGCCUUGUGGAUAACACAUUUUUUCCAGACAAAGAUAGGCAUUAUAAACCAGGAGCCCACGAACAAAUAUAUAGAAGUAUGGACUACCGGCAAGCAGGAAAAGAGGGAGGCAAAGGGAAAUGGAGCAGAAGACACUCUGGACACUUACUCUUUUAAUGUACGAUCUUCAAACAUGAGAAACCUUGAUAAAAUCGCGUAACGCUACUUAUUUGUGUUUAUAUUUCUUUAAACAUACUUAACAUGUGGGUUUUGCCUCAUCUGCCAACAAAGCAGAAUAGGUACCAUGACUGGAAUCCAGGAACUCUGGUCCUUUUGUCUAAGACUUCUCAGUGACACAUGGGGUAAGAUCCUGGCCCAAAGAACUUGAAGCCGAGCUUAGUAGUGCAUGCCUGUAAUCCUAGUGCUUAAGAGGCUGAGUGGGGAGGAUCAUUUGAGUUCAGGAGUUCAAGACUGGCCUGGGCAAGCCCUGUUUUGGUAGGGAGCUUGGGGGUCGGGGAGGCAGUGAGAAAUACCUUACUUUUACAAAUAUUACCAAAGACAUGUCACUGUGUUAAUGUAUUGCUUAAGCACUUCCAGGAUCUUAAGACAGAAACUGUGCAAAGCGCAGGGUCCUGAGCAUUAUAUUCAUUAGUGACAUGGGCAUGUGCCUCUUCAAACAUGUCACCUGGUCCUUCCCAGUCACAUCUCCAAUCCCAGGGACUUCACUACCUCAGAUGUAGCUUCUUCUGCUCUGAAUUCUGUGAGAAUGUUCUAAUACUAACUUGAAAUUUGCUUCUAAGGGAUUAUUACUACACCUAGGAGAUGGCCAUAUUAAAUGAUACAGUGUGUAAAAGGAUUGAUUUAAUGGGAGAAGCAGUGAGCAUCUUACCUUUAAAGUGGUGUAUAACUUUAGCUGGUUGUUCUGGUUAGAAGUUUUUCAUUUUUAUUAACUUGAUACAAUAUAGAAUCAUCUGCGAAGAGGGAAAGUCAGCUGAGAAAAUGCCCCCAUCAGACUGACCGGUAGGUAAGCCUGUAGGUUGAUGAUUGGUGUGAAAGGUCCCAGGCUGCUGUGAGUAGUGUCAUCCUUGGGCAAUGGUCCUGGGUACCUAGGAAAGCAAACUGAACAAGCCAGGAUGAGGAAGCCGGUAGGUGACUUCCCCCAUCAAUUCUGCUUUGGUUCCUGCCUCCAGGUUCCUGCUCUUACUGCCCUCAGUGAUGGACUGUAACCUGAAAGAUGUAACAUAAAAAAAACCCUUUCCUCCCCAAGUUUCUUUUGGUUAUGAUGUUUAUCACAACAUUAAAAACCUUAAGUAAAAACA